AUGAUCCUCCUCCAAACCCUCGUUGUACAGAUUCACCAGGGGACUGUAAAUGCCAAGACCUUCGUCCGAUGGUGGAGGGCACGUCAGCUCACCCUCGUGGACGCGUCAACCCUCAAGCUGUGUAAAAUAUCGCGCAGAGGACAGGAGAAGUCUUGCCAGUGGGACUUCGAUGCGGGCAGCUCCCUAGCACUGGACGCGUGGAUUUCUCUUCUGGAGGGUGUCACAACGCUUGAUUACCAGAAGGAGGCCGAUUUUUGGGGGGACACUCCGCGGGCUGGCAACCCGGGUGACUCUUUCAAGUUCUCGAUCGAGCUCGGGCCGUUCACGUUCGCCCCCACGCCCGCCUUCCGCGGCGACAGCAUUUCUGUCGAUGACUACCCGCUCAUUCCGGGUCAAUUCUUGUCGACGGCACCGGUCGUCGAUUCCGCUAACCUGGAGGUGACGGAGGUCGGGGACGUGAUUCUUCGGCAGGGCGACAUCCCGGCCUACCCAACAAACCCCAAACCGCUCUGGGCCCACCGUGCUACGGGGUCGGUCGGGGGUACUGCCAAGGGGGGGCUAGGGUGUGCUGUGGAGGCAUGGUGGGAGAGGGCCACCAACGGUGGCCAAGACAUGCGCGUCCCCGUCCAUCUGGCCGUGAAGAACGGCAGGUGGAGGGUCGGCCGGGGGUGGAUGUGCACCUUGGGCCGAAGCCCCAGAGUGGCUGGAGGGUGGAGGGUCCACCUCCCGUGGGACUCCCACGGGAAGGCCCUCAAGGCGGCGUCCCUCCAGCUUCGCGACGGCAGUGCCGUGAUGGCCACCGAAGAUGGCCACAUCCUGUGGAGCUCUUCGUCCUCGCCGUAA